GGCCCCGCCCCCAGCUCCCGCCCCCUGCGCUGGUGGCGGCGCUGGGUUGCUGCGCUGGCUGGCGGUUUCGGGGCUCCGAGCCGGGAGCGCAGAGUGGUUCCUUGAGGCGGCGGCCGGGCUAUGAUCGCGGGUCCCCGCCGUUCCGUCCGGGCGAACCAGAGUCCUCGUUUCAGCGCGCGCCUCCGGCCGAGCGGUCUUCUCCACGCCGUCCCACCGCGCGUUUGGCAGCGGCGCUCCCGCCGCGCCCCCUCCUCUGAUGGCGGCGGAGAUCCAGCCCAAGCCGCUGACCCGCAAGCCGAUCCUGCUGCAGCGGGUCGAGGGGUCCCAGGAGGUGGUGAACAUGGCCGUGAUCGUUCCCAAGGAGGAGGGCGUCAUCAGUGUCUCCGAGGACAGGACAGUUCGCGUAUGGUUAAAGAGAGAUAGUGGACAAUAUUGGCCAAGCAUAUAUCAUAUGAUGCCUUCUCCAUGUUCAUGCAUGUCUUUUAACCCGGAAACAAGAAGACUGUCCAUAGGUCUAGACAAUGGUACAAUCUCAGAAUUUAUUUUAUCAGAAGAUUAUAACAAGAUGACUCCUGUGAAAAACUAUCAAGCACAUCAGAGCAGAGUGACGAUGAUCCUGUUUGUCCUGGAGCUGGAAUGGGUGCUGAGCACGGGACAAGACAAGCAGUUCGCCUGGCACUGCUCCGAGAGCGGGCAGCGCCUGGGAGGCUAUCGCACCGGUGCCGUGGCCUCGGGCCUGCAAUUCGAUGUUGAAACCCGGCAUGUGUUUAUUGGUGACCAUUCAGGCCAAGUAACCAUCCUCAAACUGGAGCAAGAAAACUGCACCCUGGUCACAACAUUCAGAGGACAUACAGGUGGGGUGACUGCUCUCUGUUGGGACCCGGUCCAGCGAGUUUUGUUCUCCGGCAGCUCUGAUCACUCUGUAAUCAUGUGGGACAUCGGUAGGAGAAAAGGAACUGCCAUCGAGCUCCAAGGACACAAUGACAAAAUCCAGGCCCUCUCCUAUGCACAGCACACACGGCAGCUCAUCUCAUGUGGCAGUGAUGGUGGCAUAGUCAUCUGGAACAUGGAUGUGGAGAGGCAGGAGACCCCUGAAUGGUUGGACAGUGACUCCUGCCAAAAGUGUGAUCAGCCUUUCUUCUGGAACUUCAAGCAAAUGUGGGACAGUAGGAAAAUUGGCCUAAGACAGCACCACUGCCGCAAGUGCGGGAAGGCCGUCUGCGGCAAGUGCAGCUCCAAACGCUCCUCCAUCCCCCUGAUGGGCUUUGAGUUUGAAGUGAGGGUCUGCGACAGCUGCCACGAGGCCAUCACGGAUGAAGAACGAGCGCCCACAGCCACAUUCCACGACAGUAAACACAACAUUGUGCACGUGCAUUUCGAUGCAACCCGGGGAUGGCUGCUGACUUCGGGAACCGACAAGGUUAUUAAGUUGUGGGAUAUGACCCCAGUAGUAUCUUGAUGACACUCCCAGGCAUCUGAAAGAUAGUGUUUACUCAAGAAAUGAUGGUUCUAAUCCAAAUCGUUACGGAGCUGUAAAGCAGACGUGUGAGAAGAGAGAAACUAAGGAAACUAGCUGAGUUUGCAUAUUACCUGCGCACAGUGGUGAGCCGGAGAAUGAACACUUGGAGGGGACUCUUUCAACUUGUUCAUACAAUAUAAAAGAAGAUAUUUUUUUAACAAAUGGUUUGUACAAUCUGGCUUGCUGCAUUGUUUGAGUAUACUGUAAACUCUGUGGAGUGUUUAAUUUUUAUAUUUUCAAUACUUCAUUUUAGUUGUUGCUUUGUGUGUCGGAGAAAUGAGGGAAAUGUCUGUUCAGGGUAUUUUUGGUCAUUUUAAUGCAGUUUCCAUGUUUUCACUUGGGCACAGAUCGCCAGGUCAGCAUUUUUUCUUCUCUAUGUAUCUACUCUCACCUUCAUCUGCUUUCACCAGAGUGUAUGUAUUUACCUGCUUAUAAACAGUGUUUCUGCUUUCCCAGAAAUCCUCUUCAGUUGAGAGAUUCGGAAAACCAUUCAUAUGGACUUACCAACUGACUUCUUGAAUCACCUGAAGAACGAUUGUAAUGUCUAACUUAUUCAUGUUCUUAUAUCGAGUAGAAAUGACCUGGUGUUUCUUCCUCAGUUUUCUCUGUCUUUCCCAUGUUAAAAAAAAAUGCCUUGAGAAAGCUGUUCCCAGCCAUUGUCAGCAUGGGAGUAGAUGAUUAUAACUCAGAGCUUCAAGUAUCAGUGCCUGGAUCGUUUCUAAUUCAAUUGGAGCCUUCUGAGACUUUCAUGUUUUAGUUUUAUUGACAUAGCUCUCCCUCACUUGUAUUAAAAACGAACAAAACAUUAUGUCCUAAAAAAAAAAAAAGGUGUUUUAAGCUAGUUUUUAUGUGAGACAUCACCUCUGAACUUGACCAUGUUCGUUAUGUGAGGUUGAAUCCUGUUCUCUUCCUCACCAUCUGUAUUUUCUCCCCCUUUAAAAACUAGAACACUUAUACUAAACUGUGUGGUCUGAGACAUAAAAGGUACUGAAUCUUACAGCUCUCAUGUCUUCCUGUUGGAAAUGUAAAAAGGGGCUUUAGAAAAUCAGUGUGAAGAACUCUGAUUUUAAGGGAAUCUAAUCAAAUUUGAUAAAAGUGAAAUAUUCUGUGUUUUAGUGAUUCAACUCACAAUAAUGAAUUCCUUUAAAAAAAAAUCUUAUUCUCACCUAUAAAAGUAGAAUUUAAAUGAGUGGGCAAGCAUGCACUAUGUGCCUGCCCCAUUCUAAGCUCAUUACAUGUUAUCACAUCAUUCAACCCUCACCUGUUGGGGGGUUUUGUGGGAAUCGCUAACUCUUGGGGAUUACUAUCAGGUUAAAUAAAACUUUCAGGUAAACAGCCCAAUUACUUGCCCAUUCUCUCUAAGUUCUACCUCCACCGUCUCCUGUUCACUUCUGAUUUGACCAUUUUUUAGUGGUAGUAUUUUAAAUCCUCCUGGGUUUUUUUCUCCUUUACUAGAAAGCAAAUUUUUCACUCAUGAUCAUUGAUUACUUUUCUUUCUAACCAAAAGAACUACAAACCAUACUUUGGAACCACCCCUAACACUGACCUAGCUGCUUCCUGCGGAAGGAGCUUCCCACAGUGACUGCUGCAGCAUCGGUGCUCCCCGUCAGCCACUGGGCACAACAGUCAUCACCCGAGACAUCAGGCCAGCCCACUGACCAUCCCUAAGCUCAGACGCACGCGUGUGUGUGCACAGAAAUGAUUACCAGUUGUCCCUUCAUUGGCCCCUUCCACAUUAACCUUGCUUGCCAUCAAGCUGUUAAAGUCAGAGUCCUUACUGCAUGAUUGCUCUAUGAGAGAGCUUUAAAAAGGGAAUUAAAUAAAAAUAUCCAGGUGUCUGUUUUGUAAUUGAUUACUAGAACCUGCAGCCAUUGCUAAGUUGUACAUAAUGGAGAACUAUGUUGGAAAUGAAUAACAGGGAUGGAACACUGUUUUCCAGCUUUUGGAAAUUGCAGAGAGGAAGACACAGUGUUAGAAAGGCAUGGGCCUGGUCAGGUCUGGAUGACUCACACCCCGUUGGGAAGGUGAUUGUCCCUGUGGGAUCACACGUGUACCUCGGUGUCUGUGUCUGUGACCCUGCACGUCACUGUGGCCAUCUCCCUCCCAGUGUGGCUGUACCCCAGCCCAUAGAGCCACUCGGAGACUGAAACCACUUGACACUUCAUUGGUGAGAGAGCUGCAAUCACAAACCACAGCUAUAUCAGGGUAUCCAUUUUUCUGCCCUUUUCUUUCUCCUCAAGUAAAUGGGUGCUUGAAUUUGUCUGUUUGUAAUACUGUGAAUUAUGUUGAAUCUCACGUUUUUGUAACUCGGCGAUCUGUGUGCUGGUGUUGGGUGUCUUCCCCGGCGUCUUAGGGAGAUGGAGCUCCAUCCCCAAGGGAGGAAGCUGCUCCGCACUUGCCUCCCCCCGUCCAGGUGGACUGUCCUGGUUCUUGCUUUGCCCUGUUGGGUUUGCACUUUACAUGCCUUUGUCUGUAUUACUGCGACACACAGAGCUUGGCAGGCGAGGCCUACAUGGCUCUGUUGGGUUGGGAAAGUGGCAGAACUGCACAUAGUUCUUUCUUUGGUAGGAUCAAACCAAUCACGUGCUCUCAGUUCCUCCAAAGAAACUAUAUUACUGGAACCUUUAACUGCCUGUAUGUCUCCACAGUAGCAAAGGUGGUUUUACAUUAAGCCCUUGAAGUUGUGUGUCUUUUAUAUGAGGUCAGUCAACCAUGAUAUAUUUGUUUGAAUUAUUCAAAGAAUCAUAAAAUCAUGAAACUGGAAGGGAUCUUCAGAGAUCUAGAAUGUUCCAUGCACAAAGCACUAGUUCUACCAGGCUUUAGACUAGCUGAGGUGUAAACAAGAGAAUCUAAAAGAAGGAUUUUCAAGCAAAUUGCUUUUGAACAUUACCUGGUAAUGGCACAAUCAAGGGGAGCGACUUCAGUGCCUUGAGACAGGGCUCCUGGGGAACCAGGCUUGUUCCUUAUGGAGCAGAUUUGACCCUGUGUUUAUGGGGGGAGAGGGGUACCAUGUAGUAAGGCAAUUAUUGCAGGUCUUCGUCAGUAUAAACGUCCCUGCACUUUCCCCACAGACUGCACAGUGGCAAUACUUAAGUGGAAAUCCAGGGACGUUGUAAGUGCACCUCCAGCCCAGUUGUGUGAAGACUCAUAACAAGUUGGCCUUGAGUGAGUUGCUGGGCCUACAGCAUUUGCCCUUCCUAUGGAACAUUACAUGUUUUGAGAUUAAUUUUUUAAAACAUAAUUUAUUUUUGCUUAACAUUAAUCUAUUUUUAAAGCCUGAGUUUUGACUUUUAAGCAAAGAGAUAGCUCUAAACUAUGUAUCAAAGUUACUGAAUAUAAAUAUUCAUCAAAUGACACUUUUUGCCUUUUCAUAUAAUUUAUUGUAUAAAGCCCUUGUUCGCUAAAAUUUACAUUUUAAAGUGAAAGGAAGCAUUUUGCUAAGUUAAAUAAUGCUAAGUUAAAUUUUUCCUGAUGUGAAAGCAUGGAUACCUAGCAAUUUGAUUGUAAAACACAGAAAUUAAGUUCCUUUUUAAUGCUCAGUUAUCUGGAUAAUCCUUGAGAUUCCAGUCCAUUUCGGCCAACCAUUUGAUAAGGGCUCCCUCUCUGCCAGGCUUGGAACUGGGCCUGGGAUGACAAGGUCCAUUUCCGGCCCAGAGCGGAGGCCACACAGAUGUGGAGAUGGGCCAUUUCAGUUCAGGGUGGGUGGGGCCAGAGGGACUUGGCUGAGGAAAGUCUUUGCUGAUCUGGGAGCGAGCUGACUGGUGAGUUGAAGAAGGAAAUGACUUUCCAGCCUGCAGAAACAAAGGCCCAUGAUCUGGCAUCAGCCUGCUGCAUCGGUGGUUUGCAGUUGCCAAAAAAUAUCAAGUUCCGGGCCGCAGUCCUGGAGCCUGUGCUCUCCUCACUCUGAGACACAGAUGCUCCUGGCUGCAGAGAGGGAGGCCACACAUAUUGGCUUUGAGGCGUGUGUUUACCUAGAGGCUCAUCAGUGUUAGAGACAAGAUUUUCCUGCCAUCCAGGCUAGUAUCAGAGUUCCUUUUUCUUUGGAAAUGCCUAGAAUUGUUUUCUUAAAAAGACCCAUGGUAACUAAUUUCUGAACUUCCGGGUACACGGCAGCUCGCUGGAGUCACUGAGGCGGAUAGAGCCAGAGACCAUGCAUGGACAUGGCCUGGAGGGAUCUAAUGGCACAAUUAUGUAAGUGGGCUGAGCUAGCUUCUCCCCGUUGCAAAGGAAUGACCUUGACCUGAGCAGGAGGAGAUUGUUCUAGACAGCUGGCACCACACUAACAUGCAGAGCCAAGCCUUUGGUACAGAAGCAGCAUUGUCUCAGUGCAGUGUGGCCAAGGUGAUAAAUCCUCCUGGCAUGGCCCUCUCCAAGCAGAAGGGAACUUUUUCCUCAAUGCAGUGACAGUGAAAGGGGCGCUGUCAGGCAGGGGUACCCCACCUCUCACUGCGGGGCUUGGCACUUUCUAGUUCCUGCUGUUCCUUCCAUUUGCCUUUGACCUUCAGUACCCAAGUAUCAUAUGUCUAUAAGUUAGUUUCAGAACAUGCAUGUUCAUAUUUCAAGUUUAACUUUACAACCAUGUAUCAUAUACUACUGAUUGAGGGGUCUUAAUUUUGUCUUUAAAUGUUGUCCUUCCCUCCGAGAAGCAUAUAUAGGCCUAACAUACCAAAGAAAUAUCUAAAAAUUAGAUCUGUCCAAAGUUGGAAUGGGAUCCCUCCUUUUAGUUUCCCAGGCGGGGAACGGAGACUGUAUGGCCCCUUGUCUGUGAUGUGGGAAGGAGGCUACGCCCAGAAUGAGGGUGGAGUUUGAUGAUUGUCCUUAGGAACCCUUCCAGGCCCAAGAUCCUGUGACUCCAUGAAUGUCAUGGAGUCAGUGGCCGAACCUCGGGACUGACUUAGCUCAGAUAAAUGGGAGCAUAUUGCAACAUCUUUGUCUUCUGUUCUGCCUUAAAAUGUUCAUGUUUAUGAGUCAAAAGUGUAUCUGACUUUAUUUGGAAGAAAGUGUCAGGGACUACAGGUUGGUUUAAAAAAGGUUAAGUUUAGAAUCUGGCCUUGAUAUUCAUGAUUCUUUCCUCCUCCCCUUUUCCCCUCCUGGUUCUCUGGAAAACAUGAGAGGGAGAACUAUAACAUAGAAAGGGAAAUGGUUUGCAGGGGAGAAAGUGUUUCACUUACAUACACUUUUUUCCCAUUUAAAUGGAUGACAACCUUAUGUCAGUACCAUACACCAAUAUGAAGUAUGGACCAAAAUACUGUGUUAUUGGUAACCAUUGUACUCUCAUGUAUAUUGUGUUUAUGCCAUUUGCCUUGCUUUUAAAUGACUUUUUUUUUUUUCAAUGUACUGUUUUGUGAAAGAAAACCUAUGAAAAGUAAGACUGUUAUUAACUGUACAACAGGGAAGGUGCUAGCCCCACCUCAUGCCUGUCAACCCCUGUAGCCGUAACCAGGGGCGUGGACAUUCUCCUCUGCCCGCCCGCGGUCUGUGGUCACGCCAGAGCUGGGCUGCAGCGGGCAUGUUACUUGAGGAUAUUUUUUUUCUUUUUGAAGUGAGAUUCUCCAAGGGAUCCAGCUGAAGAUGUAAAAAGCCUGAAGAUAGAACAGAUUUCUCAAAUGUGGUUUCUGUCACUGAUUCUAUCAACCAAACCGAGCAGCCUUGACAUUGACUUCCUGAAUGUGAUCAAGUGGGACUGAGCAGGGAUUCCCUACAGUGUUAAAAUGUCUAUUCAGUUCUACUUCAGAUGCUGCUGAAUGUUGGGAAUGUAUCUAAACUCUGCUCACUUUCCCACUGUGCUUCCCUCCAACUGAACUGUAUGUGUCGCCAUUACCAAUGUACGUUAGCAACGCAAAGUCGCUUCCAUGGUUUAAAAUAAAUAUCUGUGGAAA